AUUUUUGUCUAGCAAGUUUCGUAUGGCAUGCGUUUGAAUUGUGUGAACAGACUAGGACGCAAACUGCCUCAGUUAUAUAUUCAAAUAGCGAGAAGUAGCUGCACAGACAGGCUAAUUGUACCGUGCUGUCGAAUCGACACAGCUUGAGGGCGAGCGCGAGUAAUCUAGUCAUGGCUGAUGAUCUGAGCACCGAGGACGUCAUACCAGAAGCACUGGAGAGAGAGAUAGCUGGUGGUACGGCCGGCCAGGAGGCCGAAGAGGAGGAACGUGUCGAGCGAGGUGAGGGGAAUGAGGUUGGGACUAUCGAAGAUUUGCUGGAAUUGGCGGAAAAGUUGGUGAAUUGCAAGUCGCGUUUUCUGGUACAACAUGGUGUCUCUAUCUACGAGGACUUGAGGUGCGCCCGCGACCAGGACACGCGCUACUUGUAUGCGCUGGGGAAAUACAGGUUGGGCCGGUACCACGAGGCUAUGGAGAUUUUGAACUCGCCUGCGUCGGGUCUGUCUCCCGAGAAGGAGGCGAAGGACGUUGCUUUGAGACAGGUGUGUAUGCGCAAGUUGGGUUCGAGGAGCGAUAGCAAGCCCAACUUGGAGCGCCUGAAGUCGGGCCUGGAGGCUAGAGACGCUGGCCCGCGGCGGCGUUCGAAGUCGAAUAAGGAGCUGCAUAACCAGUCAGUGAGGGAAAAAGCGGCGAUCGAGAAGGCGGCCUCGGAUGAGCGAGCGGAGGGCAAGGGUUUGAGUCGAGACGCGGACACAAAGGGCGCCGAGCCGACUGGUGCGUUUGAGUCUCGCAAUAGAGCGGGAAGCAACAGCAGGACGUUGAAAUUUUCGUCUGGUGACGUGGAUCUGUCUAGAAUUUUGAAUUUUGUACCAGAUUUGGGCGAUUUGACGUCUGUUUUCAGCACCGACAGUUCUCUUGACAGCGGCACUUCGUGUACCAGCGACUCCUACGAGAGUGGCAGCAGUGCGGAAGUGGAGGCGCCUGGUCAUCAAGGGCCCGCCUCAGCAGAGAUCGGUCACCCGCUCCGCGGCGAUAAGUCCUCGUAUCAAGAGGCGCCGGCUAGAAAAGUCGCACCCGCGACGAGGGCUCGUGACGUUGGUUCACGUUUGGACGCGAGGAGUCACAGCCGCUCCGUGAACAUUUCGGCGAUGCGCUCUUCGGUGGCGCCGCCGUCACUGAGCGAAGACAGAGGGUUGAUGGACCUGCGAUCGAGCGCUGUCUUACCGCCGCGCACCUUGAAGGUGCCGCCGCCGACCCUGAAAGCGGCCCCGGCGCCGAAAAUGCCCUUGCCGCCCAUGCCGAGGACGCGGCCCCCCUCACUACCGAAGACAGUGCCCCCGUGCACGCGAGAAGGCGAAGAGGCAAAGCCGCCGGUGCCAUCGUCUAAUGCUGCACCUACACCGCUAUCGAAAGCGUCGCUGCCGUUGCCUCCUUCUGCGCAGAAAGGGCGGUCGCCUCCUUCUGUGCCGAAGGAGCCGUCGCCACUGCUUACGCCGAGGGAGUCGCCGCCACUGCCUCAGGCUGCGCCCCCACCUACGCCGAGGGAAUCGCCGCCAUUACCUCAGGCUGCGCCUUCACUGGCGUCGACGGGACUGCCAUCGUCGUUCCACGUAGCGUCCCCACCAGCGCAGAAGGAGUCACCGCCGCCGUCCCAUCCAACGCCCUCGCCGAUGGCAAAGGAACUGCAGGCAUCGUUGCAUCGCUCUAUGCCUUCCACAGUGUCGAGAGAAAUACUACGCGCAGAAACGGUAUCGAUGUCGUUUAUCACGUCACCUUCUGUACCGGCUCCGUCGGACCCGCCACCACCGCAGACUUCUACAUUAAAGCACCCGGUAUCCAUGGCCUUCCAGAAGGCACCGUUGUCGCAGUCGCCAUCUCCCAUGAAAUUGCCGUCGUCAUCGCUACCUCCGUUGCCCUCCGCGCCACCAAAAGUACAGCCCUCCGUUUCGAGCACGGAUUCGGCAGCCGUCGACGUUCGCGGUACGUCUUCCAUGGCGGGAAUCCCGCCCGAUAAGCCCCCCGUCGUAAAAUCACUGCCAGCAACCCCAACGACCGCACCCGGCAAACAUCUGCCCCCUCCCACCGCAGAACACCCGCCGGGCUCCAGCGUACUUUCAGCAACUUUAUCUAGAGGGCCGUCACUGGGAACGGUCGCUCCCAACAUGCAACCACCCCCGAUUCCGAAACAACCGCCACCCUCAAGACCACCGUCCGUCCCCGUUCUGUACGUCCCCAAGCUGCCACCGCCGCAGACCGGACCCCUCGGACCCCCCUCAGACGCAUCCGCGGACAACGCCUCCUCAGCCAAUCCGCCCCACAAGAGCACCAUCCAUAAACAACACUCCCUCGCUUCGAUCAGCGCCAAACCCCUGCCCAUCACCCUGAAACUACCAGCACUGACUCCGUCCUCCACGCCCGACGACUCCGCCACCUCCCUCGAAACGAACGCCGCGUCCGCGGAAAAAGACCCCGUCACCUCAUCCGACAGCAAACUGGGGCUCAAAUCCCGUCUGAAGCACCUUUCUCUCAUCACCGGCCUCCAAAAGCAGAAAUCCAACACUCGCAACGAAGCGUUCGCCACGGAACUCAAACAAGUCACUCAGUCGCACCGCCCCCUUUCCAUGAGCGUCCGCAACCAAGGACCCGCGCGGCGAGUCCCAACAAGAAGAACAGCCGGCUGAUGAAACACGUCAACCCCCCUUCCCCCCAACCACCACCCUGAGGCGCGUCGGACGCGUCACGCUCUGAACCGCCCCCGUUUUCGGAAGCGACCCAUACACAUAUGGUUUGUAUGUGUGUGUGGACCCAGCAAACCCAGUUUACUCCCACGAAAAUAAUAUAACCCAUCCAAACUCUACGCCAACGGCGCGCCCCCUCUUUUCUACGCGGAUCUAUCCCCGCUCACCAGACCUUCCGAGAGGAACGAAACAUGGCCGAAAGAAAAACUUUGCCGCCCAAAUCUGCGCUUUGCCGUAAAAAAUCUAACGUGUCAAUAAAAUAGUGCCUAUAUAUGUAUACAUAUACACGCUACGUGUAUAUAUAUUGUAUACAUAGAUCUCGAACGUCUGUGAUCCACACA